CUGAGGGUAACGCCAAGACUGUAUUGAGGGUAGAGCUUGCAACUUGUCGUCAGAUUUUGACUGAAUAUAAUGGCAAAUCCGCGGAGCCGCAAGAGAAGUGAAAGACAAAAUAGCAACUCCAAACGACGAAAGGACGCGGCUAUGAUUCCAUGCGAUGAAUUUCUUCCUGCUGAGACUUCAAUGAUGACGUCGCUGUUGGCGAAAUUCUCUUGUAGAUUGUCUCAAAGAGGAGAGAAGAGAAACGAGCUGGGGAUAGAUCAAGCACUCUUUCAGAGGCAACUUCACACAGCACUGAAACAACACUCCAACUACCCACAAGUAACAGAUGAUUUUGUCGAGCAGCUGCAAGAUCAUUUCAGUGAUCCAGAUAGAUUCAAGUGUUGUUUGCUGCCUACGGUUGUUCCUGAAGCUGGCAGUGUGAGUGCUAGAGUUGGUCAUCAGGAUAGCCUUGCUCAACUUCUAUUGGGAGUUGACUUGCUGCAGCCCAAGGUGAUCACUGUUCUUCUCGAAAAGUUGCCAGAAUUCUCAGACGAUGAUAAAGGUCCUGGAGGAGUAAACAUGGCAAAUCUAAUCAUGGCCCAGUUGAAAUGGCUUGAUCAUAUUGUUAAGAGCAAGGACUUAGCAAGAAAAGUUAUGGAGGUCCUUCCUGUUUUGUCGCUCAUUUCUCAACGGGAUGUGGUUUCAGCUCUCCCUGAGAUAGUCGUUGAUUCAGAUCACAGCGAUGUAGCUUCAGCACUGAAAGACUUGAUGUCUGAGAACGUUGAGUUGACUGCUCCUGUUAUUGAUGCUCUGACUAAUUUGAAUGUAGAUUCGAAGUUACUCAGUGAGAUACAAGAGUCUUUGCUUAAAAUCCUGCCUUCAUCACGACUAGAAGAUCUUCCCGUAGCAAUUCAUUUCAUACAACAGUCUCUUACUCCCAGUAAUGCAGUAGAGAUUAUUGCUGAAUUAAGAGAAAAGUUGGACUUUGCAUCAACUGUGUUGCCUAUGGCAACAUCUACACCUGCCGCCAAUGUGGUGCAAAGAGUUGGUGGGAUUUCUAACACACCAUCAAAUGAACAUAUGAGUGAGCUUCAGGCUGUUGAGAUGAUUCGGGCUGGAAUACGUUUUCAGAAAUACAUUGCUGAUGCUUGGAUCAAAGCUAUUGAAAAUGUAGAGUCGCCAGAGGAUUACAAGGCAAUUGACAUUCUCAUUCUUUUGGUACUACAUUGUAACACUGGACGCAAGAAGAUGAUUGAAUCACUGCUCCGAACUAAAGUAAAGUUAGGAGCAUUUAGUGAAGAACUUGUGGCUUCAGCAUUCAGUUCCCAUAGCCGGAUAAUUCUUGAAUAUUUUCCAUCUCUUCUGGUGCUGUCUGAUGUUCUUCUGAGAUCCACAGAUUCAUCUGUGUCAUCUUUUGCAUCUACUCUUUAUCGUCAUGCAUUUACUUCAUUUGAUGGUUAUUACCGACAAGAAGUUGUUGGCUCUCUUGUUACUCAUAUUGGUAGUGGAUUCUCGACUGAGAUUGAUGCAGCACUAGAUGUUUUAACCAACUUGGUUGAGACUUGCUCUUCGGCUAUGACUCCUUAUGCUGUCUUUUUAAAGGGUGUGUCAGACUAUUUGGAUACCCUGACUUUAGCACAGAUUCGUAAGCUGUUCAGUAUGCUGAGUUGGCUGGCUAUUGAGAGUCCUGGGAACAGUGGUAUGAUCCAGGAUGAUAUGCACAUUAUAAUUCGUAAACAGUUGUCCAACACUAGCAAGAAGUACAAGAGGAUUGGCGUUAUUGGAGCUGUAAUGGCAGUCAAGGGCUUGGCACGCAAGAGAACGUUUCCAGCUCAUCUGGUGGCUGCAGAAAGUCAAGCAGGCUCUCUUGGUAGCAGCACGUUACCUGAUGAUACUUAUAAGCAAGUUAUUUCUCUUCUUGAGCUUGUCAAGAGGAACAGUGUUCAACAUUCUGAAAUAACGGCUUUGUUCUAUGAUGAGCUGGCCAGUGUUCUGCAUAGCAGUGGAGGCCUUGAUCCCAAAGUACAGAGUUGGAUUAGUGAGAGUGUUGUCGAGGACUUUCAAGAUACUUUUCUUGUUGACACCAAGACAAACAUUCCAGAUGAACCGUUUCCUCUCCAGCGGGCUCAUGGACUUGACGAUGGUGGUGAAGUUGUUAUUAACCUCAUUCCUCUACUCUAUUCAGAAAUGAACAAUGAGAAAUCACAACGUGAAUCAUCAGAGUUGACAAAUUCUAGUGUCACGUGUCUGUGUCCCCAGUUUCGUCUCGUGCAAAUGUGUGAAGCUUGUCAAACGAAUGGAAGUCUUGAGGGAAUCGAUGCAUUGCUGGGAUGCCCAGUAUUUCUUUGCAAAGAUGAGGUUAUGGAUCAAUUUGAAACACUUCCUGCUGAGCAUCGUCAACUGGUGUGCAAUGCUCUGAUCCUCAUUAUCAAUUGGUUUCUUGAGGUGAUAAAUGCAUUUUGUACUCAAGAAAGCAUGGAGAUUCGUGGCAAAGUUCUUGUUCGUCUCAAGUCUGUCACUGAGUUGCAGUCUCGAUUGACUCGAUGUCUGGCUGCUACACCUACCUACACUCCUCCUAUGGCUCACUUUGAUGCAGAGUCAUUGUUUGAAGCGGUAGAUGGGGGAGGUAAGGUUUCUGUGGACAAACUAGGAAAGGUGAUUGGGAAGAGGGGUCGGUCGAAAAAGAAGGCUACUGGUGAUAAAACUGGCAGUAUGGAUGGCAGUGAAACUUUGGAACAAACAGGAAAAGAAAUUUCCAUUUCACUUGCUGGUUGGCGACAACAUUUUCGAGAACUGGACUUAAAUGUUUUCAAAGUUCUUACAUACAUGGCGAUAGCAAGAAAACUUGUUGACUCUGAGAGUCACACAAAGGAAGUGACCGUGCUUCAGUUGGGGCACUUAGAGUUACAGUUUCUGCUGGAAGACUUGAAACUCAAAUUAAGCCAUUGUCUUGCGAAAAAGGGGAUUUGGCCUGGAAUGAAAGGAAGGAAAGAAACAAAUGUUGGCUUUUCUCAUCUUUCUGCUUGGAGACCUCAACAGGUGGUUGUGAAAGUUAUGGAGCUGAUGCCUGCAUUGUGUGAUCAUUUGGAAUCAGUGGCCACUUAUUUUCAGGACCUAGUAGAGGAAAAUGAUGGCAUAGUUGACUAUCCGGUGGGUGACCAAGAGAAGUGGACUGCAAUGUGUAACUGUUUUCAAUUAAUCAUAGAAAUUUUUCGGUCUUUGCUAUCUUGGCCCAGUUUGAGCUCAAAUGAAAAUCGUCUCGUUCUGAAACAAAUUUUGAAAUCGUUUAGUGACCGUGGUCCUAGUUGUAGUAGCACUAGGAUUAAAUCAGGAUCUAUUCAAGAGAUGAGCAAGCUUGCCUUUGCUUACUUGGAACAGUUUAGCACUAGCGCUCCUAAUUUAUCAACUGCAGUCUCUCUUGUCUGUCUUCUUUCUAUUCUGGCCGACCAGUCACAAACAUCUGAACUGAAACCACUCAUAGGCACAAUGGCCACUUCUGUGUUGAAACGAGACUGGCCUGAUAUACUGAAAGAGAAAAGCAGCAGAUUGAGUGAAUGGAUUUUGCCACUGGUCAAGUAUCAUAUUGCAUUUUCUGAAGACCCGGUGGCUGUUAUUGAAGCCAUAGUGGGCGAAGGCUUUCCUCAAUUGAUGGAGGAAGAUGCCGUGGCAUCUAAACUUUACCCCACUUUGACAAGGGCAACAAGUGUUAGCUUUUAUCGAUCUGCUGCAGAGGAGUUGGUGAAUGCUUUGAAGGUUGAUGCGGCAUGCAAGAGGACAGCAGCAGUCGAGGUGCAAUCAGAUCGCUUGUUGGAACUCGACAUUAUUGUACGAGUUUUUCACAUCCUUGUCAAAAUUGUCAAGUCAUUUGAUGCUCGAGGGCUCGUUUCUAGUGCCCUGAAGAUUGGACGAUCUUUCUUAGACACGUUCCUUCGCUUUGGAAUGCCAGUACUUGAACGUGUGUUCAAGACCAAUAAAGAUGAUGUACUAGCAUUGCUCAAGAAUUUGCAGCUGAGCACACGUUCUCUGCAGCACUUCUGUGGCCAUUCAAAGGUGGCUAAAAACAUGCAACUGGUGAACCACGUUCCUGGUCUCAAGAAGACAUUAGAGGCGUUUGUUUUUCGUGUGAAGGCUAUGCUUGCUAUUCAUAACUGUCAGGAGGCUUUUUGGUUGGGAAAUCUUAAGAACAGGAACUUGCAGGGAGAGGAGAUUGCUUCUCAAUCUCAAGUCUCUGUAACAACAUCAGAGGCUUUGUCACAACGUGAUGAUGAUGAUGAGGAAGACAAGGACAACUACGUAAAUGAAGAUGAACCAGGAAGUGAUGAGGAGAGAGAUGUUGGUGAAGGAAGUCCAGAGCUAUAUGAUUAAUCAUUUGUGAAGCGCUGCAGAUUUUGCAUACGAAGAUCUUUUUGUAUUGUGGUUGCUCCAUGUGCACCAUCUAUCACCUGUUUACCGGGGGGCAAGGGGAAGCAACAAUCAGGAGAAAACAGCGCAGAAGAGUGAACAUGUAUUAGCUAGUGUGCUGUAUUUAUUAAUUUAUAGCUAUAUUGUACGCUACUUUUGAAAAACUAAAGGCAAAAUAUAUAUACACAUGC